AUGUGGGAUUCCAGUAGACACCUGUGUUGCUCUGAACAGCCCAGAUCCAAUUCACUGAGUUCGAGUGACAGGAAGCAAAGGAAAAACCACACCAGCAAACUGCAAGAGCUGGCAUUGCUGCUACCUGUGGCCCUGAAGACAGGGACCAAGAAGCUAACCAAGAAGGAGAUAUUGCUGCAUGUCCUGAACUACAUUCAGUACCUUCAGAGAAGCAUUGAUGUGGCCAAGGCCUUGCUCAAAUUCCAUACCACUGAUGGGGAAGGUGGACUUGGGGGGCUGGGUCGGAACCCAGCCUCAGGCCCAGCCAGGCGGAGACACUCUACCCCUUCCAGCUCUCCACAUUCACGCAAGUCCCGUCUUCAGGGAGCUUCCCGGAAACCUCAGAAAAAGAAGCUGACCAGAGCACCAGAACGCCAGACUCGGGCCCAGAAGCCUCGUCGCUCUCUGGCCUUGGACAAGCCUGAGAAGCCAGUGACCCCAUCCCCAGACCAAAAAGGAAGAAACACGGAGGGAGCCACCACCCCUCCAAGAUGUCUUGACUUCUGUGACCACUCAAAGGCUGCAUCAUCCUCAUCUCAAGGUGGUAGAAAAGGAGGACGAUCCCUCCUGACAUUGCAGGAUUUGCCCAAGAACAUUGUCCACUAUGACAUCUUAAGUUGCUGCUAUUGCGCAAACAGUGUCCAGGAUGAUGGGCCUUAUCUUCUUUUCGAGGACCAGGAAGGCGCUGAGAGGAUCCAUUUUCUCAACAAGACACAGCUCUGUGCCGGGCAGAAGCUGGUGUUCUACGAUUCCAGUGAGGAGGUGGAUAAGAAGUCCCUAGAUGCUGACCCUUGGCUUCCUGUCUUGACCCCAGAGGGCAGCCCCCAUGGGAGCCCACUGGCCUUGGGGCCUCCCCAGAUUGAUACCUGGAAUGUGACAGACCACCCAAUUGAGAUCCUAGGACUUAGCCCUUCCCUCUUCAGCUCCCCGGGAAAACUGCUACCAGAACAGAUCUUGGAGGAUGGCACUGAGUAUCUGACUCAGGCUCUCUUUGAGGAAGUGUAUUUAGAUUCUGAGUCUUCACCUUCCUCCUGCGUGCCCGAGGCAUCAAAGAAGGACAUUGCCUCUGAGGCUCUGGAAGACCCUCCUGACUCUCACAGCCUGUGCCAGUCCUCAGUCUCCCUGGACCACUGCUACCUCUCUCUGAGCGAGAACAGCAAAGCACCAUCCAGCUCAGAGGACAGCGACACAGAUUCUGUGUGGAGACAGCAAGAGGACAUGACAGCAAACCCUGAGGGUUUGCAGUCCUCCAGUGAUGAGGAGGAUGGAGACUAUACAUGGACCCCCACCCGCCGGGCCUCAACCCUGCCUGCAGCAGGGAGAAAGGCCAGGAAGGGCCGAAUAAGCAGGGGCCCUGUGAAGCCCAAGGAGAGCAAGAAAGCCCCCUGUCCCACCCAGAUGAAGAAAAAGUGUGUCAACGGCUUCAUCAUGUUCUGCAGGAUGAACCGGAAGCAAUAUAUCCGAGCCUGCCCUGGGACUGCAUCCACGGCUGCCACCAAGGAGCUGGCCCAGCUGUGGCGAGUGAUGACCCAGCAGGAACGAAGACCAUAUUGCAUCAAGGCCCGAAGAUUCAGCCGCCAGCAUAACCGUAUUGUGAAGCAAGACAGCUCCAGCAGUGAGGAUGACGACUGGGAGACGCCCAAGCCUUUCUACCAGCUGCUGGCUGAGAAGGCCCGCUGUUCCCCAGACAAGGCCUCCCUGCUGCCCCCUCAGCACAAGUGA